AUGGCGACGGCGCAGCCUCGCGGGACGCCUCGGGAGCAGGCUCGUCUUCUGAAGGAGCUGGCAGAUAUCCAGCAACUCCAGAGAGCGCACGACUCAGAACCUGCGGCUACUCACUCGACUUCACAUGGCGUCUCUGCUCAAAUCGUCGGCGGAGACAUCCACCGUUGGCGGGGAUUCAUUGCAGGCCCUCUGGGGACGCCCUACGAAGGUGGGCACUUCACUCUCGACAUCGUCAUUCCUCCUGACUACCCCUACAAUCCCCCCAAGAUGAAGUUCGUCACGAAAAUUUGGCACCCGAACAUCUCCUCUCAAACAGGCGCAAUUUGUCUGGAUAUCUUGAAGCAUGAGUGGUCUCCGGCCUUGACGAUUCGAACCGCUCUGCUGUCGAUCCAAGCGAUGCUAGCUGACCCUGUUCCUACGGACCCCCAAGAUGCAGAAGUCGCGAAGAUGAUGAUUGAGAACCACCCUCUCUUCGUUCAAACUGCAAAGUUGUGGACCGAGACAUUUGCGAAGGAGGCGCAGGACUCUCACGAAGAUAAAGUUCGAAAGUUGACUGAGAUGGGGUUCGCGGAGGACCAAGUGCGAGUAAGACCGCAGAAAAAACUGGGGAAAUACUUUUUUGAGCAGCAGAAAAGUCCGUCUUCGGUUCUUGGAUUUAGAGGCAUCUGUUUUCAGUCGCGCAAGACUCGCAGCUAAAAGUGCAGACGAGAGGGUGGAGGGAGGCCGUAGAGUGUGGAACGGGCGAAGCCACGACGGCAGGAAGCCGCUUUCGCGGGCAUUCUCCGAAGAUAAGCCGACAGAAGUGAAGCUCGACGCAGUUGGAGUCUUUUUGUCUCUCGUUUGCGCCGAGUCGUAGAAACCUCAUGGCUGUAGAGCUUCCGUCUCUUUCUUGUGUGCUCUUGCAGGAGGCUCUCCGCAGACACGACUGGGAUGAAACUUUGGCUCUGAACUCCCUUGUGGAGGGCUGAGGAGGGGAAAACACGUUUUUCUGAAUGCAAAGCGUUUUCUUCUUAGGUCGGAAGCUAGGAAGACAUGCCCAGAAAGAACCCAGCUGUUUUCACAAUUACAGAGGAUGGGUGUGUCUUUGAUUGGGUCUCCUUUCUUCGUUUUUGUGGCGAUCUGCGCUCACGAUAAAACGGAUUUGCAUUGGAAAGAGGUUCAUUUUUUCUCUCGCUGUCGGCGAGUUCGGCGUUCCUUCUGAAUGGCGCCAGAGGAAAAAACAGCUACAUGCAUGCAGAGAGAGCAUUUGGGUCUUUUCUUCGAUUUUUUCCUUCGGAUCAGCUUUACGGUUCUCAUUACACUUUUUUAUUCUCAGGCGUCACGCAUUUGUAGAGAUACAUGCAGACGUGUAUCCACAGUUUAUUUACCUAUUUGUGAAACUUGUCCGCACAUUUUCUUCGGGACACAGACAGGCGUAUCGUCACGGUUCUCGUCCUUGCGAUUCGACGUUUUCUCCACUUAUCUGUGGAAACAAAGGGCAUGGGGCUUCAAUUUGUUGCUUUCAAGUCGCAGAGACUCG